UGCACUCUAUCCUUGAUGAUAUUAGAUCAAUUAACAUCGAUAGAACAGAACGGAGUAAUCUUGAGAGGGAAACAUUUAAUUAUACCGGAUGUUAUUUAUGUGUUGUUUAUGAAAGCUUCAAUUAAGUUUUACAGUUGUUUUGUAUUUGCGAAAUACUUGUGAGCUGUAACCAUAACAAAGUAAUACAAUAGUGCUGGAAGACUUUCAAACCGACUGGAAUUAAACAGUUAGAGAAAAUCAUACGAUUAUUGUAUACACUGAAGACAAAAGUUUACAGCUGGCUUCCACAAGGAUGCGACUCACGCGAUCGGCGAGUAUCAGCAUACAUGGCGGUGCGGUGAGGGAGAUGGCCGUUUCCGUUUAGCGCGCAUGCGUGAUGACGAGUCAAAAUUGCUUUGCCAGAUGAAAAGAAUGAUCAAAGAACGGAAGACAUUCGCUACUCAAGCAUUGUGUACGGAAAUCGACGGAUGGAUGCCACUACACGCAUGCGUCCUACACGCCUCAAAAAAAACUGUUAAAAGUGUUUCUCAGUUCCGGUGUGGAUGUGAACAUUCCCAUGGGACAGCCGGAAGGGCUGCCUCGCGGCUGCACGCCGCUGCAUAUCGCGUGUUGGCGCGGUGACAGUGACAUUACAAAGUUCCUGCUCUCCCAUGGGGCGGAUGUGGAUGCCGCGGACGGCUCCGGACGGACGCCCGUUAUGUACGCGGUUAAGCGACGUCAUCGGCACAUCGUGCGGCUACUGGAAGACAAGGGCGCCAAUAUGGCGGCUGUUCAACUUCCGGUGAUCUGGAAUGAGUGUACCACGCCAACGGCAUCACCUAUGAAGUUCUGUUUCUUUCCCAUAUACAUCCGAGGUUGUUUUCGAUGGAAAAUGAUCGUGGUGUUCCGAAUUACAAUGUACAAAGCCCUGGUCAGCGUUCCUCGUAUGUCGGAGAUUGCUGGAGUGUUUCGAUUGACAAAGUACCGCGUGUCACAAAGUUUACAGCUGGCUUCCACAAGGAUGCGACUCACGCGAUCGGCGAGUAUCAGCAUACAUGGCGGUGCGGUGAGGGAGAUGGCCGUUUCCGUUUUAGCGCGCAUGCGUGAUGACGAGUCAAAGUUGCUUUGCCAGAUGAAAAGAAUGAUCAAAGAACGGAAGACAUUCGCUACUCAAGCAUUGUAUACGGAAAUCGACGGAUGGAUGCCACUACAUGCGUGCGUCCUACACGCCUCAAAGAAACUGUUAAAAGUGUUUCUCAGUUCCGGUGUGGAUGUGAACAUUCCCAUGGGGCAGCCGGAAGGACUGCCUCGCGGCUGCACGCCGCUGCAUAUCGCGUGUUGGCGCGGUGACAUUGACAUAACAAAGUUCCUGCUCUCUCAUGGGGCGGAUGUGGAUGCUGCGGACGGCUCCGGACGGACGCCCGUUAUGUACGCGGUUAAGCGACGUCAUCGGCACAUCGUGCGGCUACUGGAAGACAAGGGCGCCAAUAUGGCGGCUGUGCAACUUCCGGUGAUCUGGAAUGAGUGUACCACGCCAACGGCAUCACCUAUGAAGUUCUGUUUCUUUUAAAGGGAAUACAGUGUUAUUUUAAUUAUAAAAAACAAAUGCUUAUUGCUUGGUAAAUAUAUUGACGAAUACAUGUUCCAUAUAUAACAUUGAACAAUAAGUGUAUGAUUUUUGGGACUAGAUUUAUGAUAUUUGCAAAAAAAUAGUAUUG